CAUUUUUGUACAUUUUCCAGAUUUCAUAUAUCUUUCAUCUAAUCUUCUUCCUUUAUUCGAAUAAGAAAAGUGAAAAUGGCAGACGAUACACAGGAUGAAAUCACAAAUACAUCUGCCGUGAGCGCGGUCGCUCCUCCAAAAAAAUAUCCCAAAGGUGUAAUCUUGGGAAAAGAUGGAAAACCCUGCCGCUCCUGCAACUCCUUCGCUUCCUUCACCAGCACCACCAAAUCUCUCCAAACCUCGCAAACCUCCGCACCCAGCACGCCCAGCCCACCCACCGACUGCCCCCCCGACAUCGAAACCCUCGGCCGCGCCUCCUGGACCUUCCUGCACACACUGUCUGCCUCGUACCCCAGCACCCCCACCCCUACCGACCGCACCAACAUCUCCACCUUCAUGAGCCUCUUCUCCCAACUCUACCCCUGCUGGACCUGCGCCUCCGAUUUCCAAUCCUACAUGGCCGAAAACAAGGUGCGCACGGAAAGUCGCGCCGAGUUCGGGAAGUGGAUGUGCGAGGCCCAUAAUGAUGUGAAUCGGAAGUUGGGGAAGAGGGAGUUUGAUUGCGAGCGCUGGGAAGAGAGGUGGAGGACGGGCUGGAGGGAUGGAAGAUGUGGGUAGGAGAAGAGGGAGAGUUGUAAUGAGUUCAGGAGCUUGAAAAUGAAUUCGGGAAUCUACAAAGAGGGAGUUGGGGCUGGGUUAGUGGCAAGGUAUAUUAUGAUCUGGUGAAGUGGGCAGAGGUUCGAAUAUGAAAACAUGGAAGAGAUGGUCUUGUGAAAUGGAAUGGGAGGAUGUAUUAUAUGAAUGGGGAGAAGGUGUACGAUAUGAUAUAUGAUGAGAUGAGACAAGAUGAGGUGUAUGAUAUAAUGGCCAAUCCAGCAUAAUCCAGCGUUUCGGAACAAAAUCAAGAAGAUUUGUGCAUGGAGGGAGGUAAUCUCGACUCGAAAAAUGUAUAUGAAUUUGAGAAGAAUUCUCUUCUCAUGACAACUGUAUAUGAAUUUAAGAAGAAUUCUCUUCUCAUGACUACACUAAGAAAGCACAAGAGUAUAGGCUUGAUGUAUAAAGCUGAUCUAUUUCGCUAAUGAUCUGGUGCUAACUUUAGUCGCUGGCGUAUGCUACCUUCUAAUCAACAUCUAAA